UUGUAAGUGUUCCCGUGGUGUGUGUGGUGUUUGCAGGUUCGGUAAAGGAGAACACAGGAGCUUCGACGGGGACUGGAAGUCCUUUUCGAGUCGUCGCAGCGGUCCUUGCGAGUCCCUGGGGAUCCAGGUGACCUUAAGCGAGGCCACAGGACCUUCCAACUGUUUUGACAACGACAAACAAAACAAACAAAAACAAAAAAAAAAAAAAAAAACUCAGCGCAUUCGUUUCAUUCGAAGAUGAGUUCUGCAUCAACGGGGGGCACGGAGGGGUCCAGUCCAGCCUCCAGCCCUGCUUCAGCAACGAGUCUUGCAAUGGCAGCUCCUAAAUACGGUACUCUAGUGCCUAAUCGCAUCUUUGUUGGUGGAAUUUCAGCAAGUACAAGCGAAGCUGAACUUGCUCAAGUUUUUUCUGCCUAUGGCAAUGUUAAAGCAACAAAAAUAAUCUCUGAUCGUGCGGGCGUUUCAAAGGGAUAUGGAUUUGUCACAUUUGAAACUGAAGAAGAAGCUAAACGUCUUCAACAAGAGAUUUAUUUACAGUCUGAAUGCAUCAUUGUGAGGGAAAGAAAGCUAAACAUUGCUCCCGCCAUUAAAAAACAGCCUUUUAGUCGAUCCUUCGAUGGUGGAUCAGGUUCACCUCCUGCUGUGCCUACCAGUACUUAUUAUUAUACAAAUGGCAUGAGUCUCACUUAUCAAAAUGGUAUGACAUUUUAUAAUACAGCAACACCGGCACCUGGAACUGCAAUUGCACCGCCUCCAACUGAUCCUUCUGCAAUUUAUCAAGCAACUGGAGUAUUUGGGCCUCAAGCAACAGCAAGCCAUCAGACAUUUGCUCCAGUCAUGUAUCCAUGUCCAGCGCCAUCCAUAUACAUGCCGCAACAAUAUCAGUAUUCUCCAAUGCCGUAUGAGCCGUAUUAUACAGGGGCAUCUACUGCUGGAGCUCAGUACAUGUUCACAACUGGAAAUUCGCAAAAUACAACGAGCGGCAGUGGAAAUGGUUCAGGAACAAGCAACAAUGGUACAGGUGUAACGAGCCCAUCAACUGGACCACCGCAACAACUUCCAUCAUUACCACCGCCGCCUCCAACUCAUUUUUAUGCACCUGCCGCUGCCCAUCAUCAUCAUCAUCCACCACCAGUUAACGCUGGUCCACCAGCAUCUCAAAUGGAUCAUGUUUAUUAUUCAUUCGCCACUGGACCACCUCCUCCACCGCCUCAUGCACAGAUCGGUCUCGGUGAUCAGCAAUUGCUUCUUUACACCACUGAUCCCUCAUGUCAGCCGCAAUCUAUCGAAAAUCAGACCAAUCAACAGGAGGACUCUCGUUCAACAUCGAGCCACUCGGAGCAGCAACAAAGUGAAACGCAGGCUGCACAGCCUACGGGGUCAUCAACAUCAUUGGUACCCGUGAUGCCGAUCAAAGUUCCAAUAUCCGGUCGUUACACUAAUUAUCAUCCAUUAGCUGUUCAUUCGUCCAAUAUUCAUAAUUCACAAACAUGCAUAAACGAAACAGAUGACACUACUGGAAAUCAAAUGCAUUGCGGCGCAUUUGUUUAUCAUCCAACAGUUUACAUUCCUCACACAUCACCCUAUCAUUCAUCAAAUAAUACAAGUCUUCUUCCAACACCACCGCCACCACAAUUAUCAAAUCAACAGACAUACGAUUACAAUAAUCAAAAACAAAAUUAUCGUGAUUAUCCAAAAAAUAUUGUCAAUCCACAAAAUAAUUAUGUAACACAAAAUUCCAAUUUUCUAAUUCAUCAAAAUAAUUUUUCCAAAUCACAUAAUCCCGGUAAUCCUCAAUUAUACAAUAAGUAUAAUACUGAUUUGCACAAAUACCAGUCACUCGGAAUUCCCUCCUCUCGUAUUUCCGGACAUUAUAAACGUUAUGGUUCGAAUGCGGGCUCGUCAUCCUGUUUUUUGUCUCAAAAACCAGCUGGUUCUUCAUAUUCAAAUCAAAGAACAACGGGAUUGACAAAAUCAAAUUUUGACUAUAGCAAUAAUCGUCGCAAUUAUGAUUACAAUCAGGAUAAUAAAUAUCAAAUUCGUAAAAAUACAACAUCAACGCGUCCUGAAAAAAUUAAUAUUGAAACUGAGAAAAAUCAAAACGAUUUAAAUCGUGCAUUAAAUACAACAAAAGAGACAGGAAAUAUGGAAAAAUCAACGAGCCCGCCUCCGGCACCAUAUUCACCAAUGACUCGUCCUCUUCCCACACUUUCACCACCUACAUCACAGGUCCAGUUUUACAAUCCGGCUCAAAAUCGUUUUCAAACGCCAAUCCAACAACAACAACAACAACAACAACGUCGAUACGCCCCGGGACAAGCACGACGAACAUCUGAUAAAUAUAAUUCAAAUAAUCAGAAUUCAUCAUCAAUUCUCCGUCAAUCAAAAUAUAAGAUGAAUGGAAUUGUUACAAGUAACAAUAAAAUAACUGACGACAGUAUCGGCGGUGCUGGCGAUGCACCAUCAAGAAUGCCAAUCACACCACCAGCAACACCUCGUAAUUCAUCAUCAGGCGAACAAAAUCAACUGAACGACUCGUGCCAUCAAAUGGCGGCUCUUACUCUUUAAAAAAUAUAUAUAUAUAUUUUCUUUUCUUUAUCGCGCUAUUAUUGCUUGCGGGACAAUUUCGUACUCUUAUUGUGAUCUCAAGUCCUGCAGUCGAGACUCGAAAAAAAAAAAAAAAAAAAAUGUUGUUACACUGAUCUUCCCGAAAAAAAAGAGUCACACUGAAUUGUUGAAUAUUUAUAGAAUAAAUACGAAACGAGAUAUCAGUAUAAGGCGAGAUAUAUAUCGACAUUUACAGAUAUUAUAAGAUAUUGCUAGGUACGAGGCACGAUAAUUAAUAAUAUUUAAAAAAAAAGUAUACAUAUAUAUAUUACGAAUAUAUAUAUAUAUAUAUAAAUAUUGCAUAUAUCUAAUUAUACAUUUCAGAAUCAGCUAAAAUUCAAUUUAAGAAAAGUCAGAUUUAUAGUACAUUCUAGGAAACUCUAAUUGAAACCUCGUUUAACUUCACUCGAAGAUUACACAUUUUUUACUCAACAAAUUUUUUUUAUUUACUUUUUUUUUUUAGAGAGACUGAAAAUAUUUUCUGAAAGUAAUAAAAAAAAAAGUUUAUAAAAAAUAUUUCGUUUCGUGCUUUUUUUUCAAUACAAAAAUUUUAUUUAUUCGGAGAUUUUUCAGUCUUUCGGGAAAAAAAAAAUUAAUUAUAAUUCUUCAACUUUUUGCCUGGCUUUAUUUAAAAUGUUGAUGUAUUCGAAAGGGAAAUGAACGGUUGAAGGGCCUUUAAAAAAAAAAUUGGUGAUGAUAGCUAUAUUUCCAGCUAACGUAACACUGCGAAUUCACGCCAAGUGCCACUUGAUUUUUAAAGUCAAAAAAAAAACGAAUUAAAAUCAAAUCGGGCAUUAUUAUUCUCAAAAAAAGUUCCACUAAAAAAUUGGCCUAUAAAAAAAGAGAAUCGAGUCAUUUCCACUAUUUAGUGUGUCUUGAAAUGAAAAAAAUAUAUAAUAUAUUUGAAUAUAAAGUAUAUAUAAAAAAAAGAAAUGUCUACAAAAAGUAAAAGAAAAUAUCAAAUUACGUAGUUUAAAGAAAAGUAGACAUUUUAAAGUAUAUAAAAAAAAGUAUAACUUUUGUGUUACUUUGUCAUGUCAUAUACUCUAUGUUUAUUUAAUAUAUAAUCAAUAUAUGUUAAAUUAAAAAAAAAUCUCUUGCAUUUAAAAAAAAAAAACUAUUAUAACUAUAACUAUUAUCUAUAACUAAAACUAAUUAUACUAAAAAUCCAAAAAAAAAAGAUAAAAAAAUUUUUUCUCUUUUUUUCUACGUACAUGAAGUUUUAUUUUCUUUUGAUUGAAAGUACCAAAAGCAUUUUUUGUUUCCUUUCUUUUUUUUUUGGAGAGGAAAUAUAAAAUUUUCUUUAUAAGAGAUCUUUAUCUUUUUUUUUCAAAAAAUUGCAAUUUUUUCAAAAAUUGAGGUUUUUUUUUUGUAUUUGUUAAAAAAUUCAUAUUUUGUGUCGUAUUUAUUUAAAAAAAAAAAUUCGACCCAUCUCGGAUUUGAUGAAGAAAUUUCCUAUUUUUUGGAUUUGUAAUUUGCAUCUGUCGAUUUUUUUGCGAAUUUGUUAAAAAUUCACUUUGAUUAAAAAAGAAUCUUAUUUGACUUAAUCAAAAAAAAAAAAAUUAGAUUUACAAGAAAAUGUGUGUCCAUCAAGAAUUUUGUCAAAAAUUUAUAUAUUUUUCUGAUUAGAGAAUUAUUUAGAAUUCUCCUUUUUUUGGGGGAGAGAUUUAAUUGUCUUUCAAUUAAGUUGCUUUUUUUUAAAAAAAAAAAUUACCCUUUUUUCGAAUUUGUUAAAAAUAAAAUCGUAACGUUUAUGCUUUUCUUGAUAUUUAUCAAGAAAUUAAUUCUUUUUUCUUUUUCAAGAAUUUGUGUAAAAAAAAAAUUCAUUUUUCGAAUUAAAAUUAAUAAAAUAAAAUUUAAAUAUAAAAAAAUAAAUAAUAAUAAUGGCUCUUUAAAUAAUUAAAAUAAUAACUAAAGAAAAAUCCAUGACUUGAAAAUUCUCUUCACAUAAUAUUUGUCGAAAAAAAAAAACAAAACAAAUUAACGUAAUCUUCGAAUGAUUGAGCGAGUUUUCUUCCGAGUUCGAGUGAUGUAGCUAUUUAAAAAUUAAAAUUAAAAAAAAAAAUACGUCAAUAUAACGGCGAUAUUUGACAUUAUAUGCGUGAUAGGCUCGACAAAAUAUGAAUCUCGCGAGCAAGGCUAGAGUAGUUAGUCGGAUCCAUUUUAUGGUAGGCAGAAACAAAUAACGUUGUUAUUAUCGUACAAAUAUAUAUUAUAUAUAUUAAAAUAAAAUAAAUAUGAGCGAUCUGUCAUGUGUUCAAAAAAAAAAUAAAAAAAAAAAAAAAAAAAUGAAAAAAAAAGAAUGAAAUUAGAGGGUAAAAAGGGAGACAGCAUUAGAAGAUGGUUUCGAAACAGUUGCUCAAGGCACUGCCAAAAAAAAAAAACUCCCAUUUUUUCAAUUCCCCAAGUGUAUUUUUUUUUCCUUCGAGUACUUAUCGCUCACUUAAUCGUUUUUUGCGCCUUUUUUUUUUGCUCAAUUAAAAAUUUUUUUUUUUUUUUUUUUUUUUCUUAAUGAGCAAGAAAUUUCAACGUUCUGAUAGUUUUGAUUAGACGACUAUUGCUUAUUUUUUUUCACGAAUAUGAAUUGUUUGAAAAAAUCUCGAUCACAAGAAAGUGAGAGAGAGAAAAAAAAACAGGGAGAAGAAAGAAAAGUAAAGAGAGAAAAAUAAAACAUUUGAGAAAAAAAAAAGUAAGGGAAAGCCUUGUACCCAAAAAACGAAGAAAAUAUUAGAAAAAAAAAACAUGAUAAUGAAUUAAAAAAUGUGUCGGCUGUGAGCUUCCAAGCAAAUAACAAUAAUUAAAUUAUUAUAAUAUUAAAAGGUUUAACUGAUAAUCUACCUAAUUGUUAUGAACGUGAAUUUCUUUUACCUAUAUUAAAAAAAAAAAAAAAUAAAACAUACAUGAAAAAAAAGGACAUUUGUUAUCUCAUAUCUCGUAUAUUGUAGCUUAUAUUAUAUAUUAUAAUUAUAAUUAUAAUAAUAUUAAUAUUAAUAAUAAUAAUAAUAUCUAUUUAAAAAAAGAACAAAGAGUCGAGAAAAAAGGACAUUUACGAAUAAUACGGUGUACGAAUAUAUAAAGACCGUAAAAGAAAAAUGAAACCGAAAGACAUGAGACUUUGUCCGAUAGUCUAAAUCGUAGUAGGAAAGGUAGAUUUUUGAGUGACAUGUCAAAAAAAAGGCCUAGAAUGAGUAUUAUAUUUGUGCGUUGUUACAAAUAAAAAAAAGCAAAAAAAAAAAAAGUAAUAAUAAUUUAUUAAAAACGAAAGCGAGAACGAACGAUCGUGAUUGUGCGAAAGAGAGAGAGUGCCUUCUAUUUUUUGUUUUCAAAUUAUUGUAUCGUUGAAUAUUUGUUGAAUUACGUUCAAAGAGCCUCUAAUAUUGUUACGACGAAACGUUUUUUGAUGAAAAUUGUUAUUCUAAUAUUUAUUUAUUGAUUUAUAAAUAUAUGAGCCUUUAUAAUGGCCGUGCGAAACUCAAAAUGAGUUUAAAAUGUAGAAAAAAAAAAAUAAAUGUGGCACAUAAGUUGGUAUCGAUAAAAAAAAAUGGCUAUUAAGAGGCUAGAGAUUUCUAUACGGAUUAAAGAAAUUUCUACAGCUUAAAUAAAAUUGAUAUUAAUAAAAAAAAAAAAAUAAUGUUGAGAUUUGGAAAAAAAAAUACGAUUUAAAAAAAGUCAAUGCCAUUUGGAAUAUGGACAAACGACUCAUUUUUCGGCACCUAUUUCUAUGUACGAUACACGUCAUUAAUCCGAGCAAUAUUUAAUUGUUAUAUUAAUAUUUAAAAAAAAUCGUAUUGGCGGUUAUAGAAAAAUAAAAUAAAGAGUGUCCGUGUGUGCGAACGCUAUAAAAAAAAAUGAGAAAAAAAAUGGAUUGGUGGCUGUGACUAUUGUGUGCAUGUAUAAAAGUUUUGUUGAAAAACAUUAACAAUUACAUCUACGAAAAUGAUCACUCUUUAAAAAAAAGGAAAUUCACAACACAUUUAGUUUUCUUUCAUCGACAAUUAUACAACGAAAUGUUUAAUAAUUAAUUUGAUUUUUUCUUUCUAGAAUUUAUUUUCUAUUUUUUCGACGAAUAAAUAAACUUGAAAUAUUAUCAAAUUGAAUAUAAAUUAAAUAUUAUAGUAGAAAAAAAACAUAUGUAUUAAAAUUAAUCAAAAAAAAAGAGAAACUACAUUUUUUCUAAUUUAAAAAAAUUAAUUAAACAAAAACAUUUUUAUCAAUUUAAUUACAUUUAAAAAAAAAUUAAUUAUUAAUCAAUUAAUGAAGUAGAGGUAAUAAAAAAAAAAACGAAAAUGAGAAAAGAAUUUUUCUCAAAAUAAUAUGCUUUAGAGAGUGAUCAUAAAACAUGUAUAAUUUUACACAUGAUGUGUGUAUGUGGAUUCGCGAGAUAUUAACGUGUAAAAAUGCAAAAAAAAAAAAAAAUUCUACGUUGAAUUCGGUGGUCCUUUGUUUUUUUUUAUUAUUAUUAUUAUUAUUUUGUUUAAUUCGAAAUUAUGAAAAGAAAACUUUAUCUAUUGUUGUAAAAAAAAAGUUGUACGCACCGAUUUUAACGUAGAACGGUACUGAUAAAAAAAAAGAUAAUAUAUUCAUCGUAUAUUAGAGAAAAAAAAAAAAAAAAAAAAUCUAAGCUAGAAGCUAGAAAAAAAAACGUAGAUAGCAAGACAUCGAUAGGAUGAUAAAUGUGUUAUACGCGUAUUAAAAAAAAAAAAUAAAAUAAAAUAAAAAGCAAACGACGCGUUUAAGUUUGUGGAGUGUCAAGUACUUGCUUUCAAAAAAAGUCAAAGUAUAAAUGACAAAAAACUUCGAGCGAUUUUUUUUUCAUUUUUCGCUUUCCAAAAUUCAUAAAAUUUGUUUAGUUUAAAAAAAAAAACGAGACUGAAAAAGUAGACAAAGAAUCAUUCGAUGCUUUUUUUUCGUAGUCACUAAAAAAAAAAAAAGCCUAAGAUUUUUUUUUCUUGUAGGAUGAACAAAUUUUUUUUUAAUUUAAAAAUAACUUUUUUUUUUUUUUUAUUUUAAUAAAACGUCAACUGUGUGAUGACUUUGUGCAUGCGAGAGAUAUUAUUUUCUUCAGUUGACGUUUAUGACAUCCUGAAAGUAUAAAUUUUUCUUUUGUGAUUAUGAAAUAAAAGUUUAAGUAGCGUACCUGACAAUUGAAUUGCUUUUUUCAUUAUUAUUAUUAUUAUUUUUUUUAAUUAGUUGUUAGAACUCGAUGAUUCUUCCUUUUUUUUUAUAAUAUGUAUAUACUGCUCCGCUAUUGAAGUAGAAUAAGUUUAAUAGGACGAAAUUAAAAAAAAAAUGAAAA